AUGCCUUGUUCAGCUCUCUCCCCUAGCCAGCAACACCUGGUUUUCUCUGUUACGCCUCUACUGUCCAUUUCUCUAAACAAAAAUGGAACCCAGAUUCACUUUGCUCACAAACAAACUUGCACUCCUCUAUUUCUUGAUACUAUUAAUCCAGAUGUUGUUCAAGCUUCAAAAAAUGGUGGGUUUCAAACCAUAUCUGAUUUCAAUCAUCAACUUACAUCUUUAGUUUUAGAAGAUGAGUUUGAGCUAGCUUUGAAACUGACCUCAUCUUCAUCAUUUUAUGCAUUGACACCCAAUGAAUACACAUACUCAAUUUGGGUCAAUUUGUACUGCAAAAAAGAUGACCCUGAAACAGCCAAAUCCAUUUUAGGUCACAUGUUGGAACAUGGGUUUCAACCAAAAGUUGAAACUUUUACAACUCUCAUCAAUUCAUUCUGCAAAGCUGGAAAAUUACAACAUGCCCAUCAGGUUUUUGAUGUUAUGGGUCAAAUUGGAUGUGAACCCACAAUUUAUACUUACAAUUGCUUGCUUAAAGGUCUUUGUUUUCUUGGUAGAGUAGAGGAAGCCUAUGACUUGCUUAUGAAUAUCAAGAAAUCUAAGAUAAAACCUGAUCUGUAUACUUAUACUGCUGUUAUGGAUGGUUUCUGUAAGGUGGGUAGGUCCAAUGAGGCAUUGGAAUUGCUUGAAGAAGCUAUGGAAAUGGGGUUGACCCCUAAUGUAGUUACUUACAAUACUCUGUUUAAUGGGUAUUUUAAAGAAGGCAGACCUUUAGAUGGGAUUGGUUUGUUGAGGAAAAUGAAAGAGGAAAAAUGUAUGCCUGAUCAUAUCACUUACAGCACAUUGUUACAUGGGUUGUUGAAAUGGGGGAAAAUUGAAGCUGCUUUAUCGAUUUACAAGGAGAUGUUGAAACUUGAAUUUGGGGUUGAUGAGAGGAUGAUGAAUACCUUGUUGAGAGGGUUAUGCAGGCUAUCUAGGAAACAGAAAGAACUCUUACAAGAUGCAUAUCAAGUGUUUGUAAAAAUGCGGAGCCGAAAACUGGUUGUAGACCCUGUUGGUUAUGAGCUGGUUAUUGAAGCUUUUUGUAGUGGUAACAAGCUGGAUAAAGCACUGGAGAAUUUGUAUGAGAUUGUUAGAAUUGGGUUUUCUCCCAAGGCAUUCACCUUCUCUAAUCUCAUUCGUGUACUUUGUUUGGAGGGAGAAGUUGAGAAGGCGUUGUUAGUUUUUGUUCUUAUGAUGAAAGAUGGAAAGUCUCCUACUAAAGUUCCAUUUAACUUGUUGAUCAAUGAGCUGAAUCAAAAAGGAAUGAUAUUGAAUGCUUGUUACUUGUAUGGUUUAGCACUGAAAUGUGGGGUGGCGACAAGAAAUAAACCGAGGUAUAUUCGCCUGGGGAUGAGAUUUCGAAUUGAGGAUUCAUAUAAUCAACUCGAACUUGUUUGA